CAAUUAUGUCAUGACUUGCCAAACGAGUUCAGUAAGCCUGUUGAACUGAUGCCUGCCGAAAUCGCGGAUUCAGACGCUGAAUCCGACUUUAAUUCGCCCGUCAAAAAUACGGUGGCGAAUGACAAUGUGGCCGACCAGGUUGGCAAUGCGGAUCCCAGUCAAAUCUCAUUAUCACGAUACGAUUUCGACCAGUUUCUAGACCCUACGCAAAGGCUUUCUUCACUGUCGCCACAUCAUGCUGAUGGUGCCCCGACCGCAAGUGAGUUGUUAGCAGGUCUACCGAGCGGCAGCUCCGAACUUCAAAUGGCCAGAGGUCUCAGGAGCACUGACGAGAGCUCCUCUGCCGCGCACGGGAAGAAGAGAGCGCACAGUGCCUUCCAAGAUGGCUUUACGGACUUAUCCUCCAACGAUACGACCAAAGUUUCUGUUACAAAAAGAACAAAAACUUACGCUCACUCAUCCAAGUCUCGAGGCACUUUACAGGACGUCGAUUUGUUUGCUCCAUUAGACCAAGUCGGAGGACCUAGACCUGGCAUCAGUACCGGAUAUCAAUCUUCAAAUGGAUCUGGCGAGAAAACUUCUGGUAUUAACGUUGAUCUCUCCCUCGGCUCCGGUCAUCCAAACACAGCCCUUAGUCUACUCGGGCAGUCUUUGACGGGUUCCACACAUCGCCUAUCAACUUCUACGGCAUCGAUGGGUCGAUACGAGUCUAUCAAUUUGGAUUAUCGAGGGGCAGGUCAAGGACUUGAUGUCAAUGCGAAUCCUUUUGGUUCUUUGAGUCAGAUAUCAAGUCACGAACUCCAUCAUCCGGAAGAAAGCGACCAUUACAAUAAUUCGGAUCCAAACCAUGAGCCACAGAUGGCCCUGGACACAAGCAAUCUUAUGUUUGAGCGUUUGGACGGGAAUAUGCCCGAUCAGGCUCUGUCAGCUCUGUCUCAGUCUUCACCCUGUCGGCCACUGUCGGUCAAUCCAUCUAAUAUCAUGCAGAACGACGGAGCUAUGGCUGAUAUACUCACCGAGGAUGCGGCUCUUCAUGUGGAAGAAGUUGCAUUGGCGGGUGCCGAAACCACAGGGCCGAUCGACACAAAUGAGGCGGUUCCGGAAAAGCCUGCCCCAAAGAAGCGAGGACGGAAGCCGAAGAAUCCUCGGCUCGCCUCGAAAUCUCCAGCUCCAGGAGCCACGGAUGAUGUGGAAGAAUUCGUCCUACCGGAUCUGCCACCUACGAACCGAUCUCGACAGGGCACUGUGGACUCGGUCUACUCUCAAGCUUCUCAAGCAUCGACCACAAAUACCUCGAUGAAAAGGCGAAAGAGAGGGAAAUCAAAACAAGUUGCAGAUGCAGCAGAUCAGGCGAUCGCAGCUGCUGAAGACUCACCCAUGAAGCAGCCCGCAAAUGGUUUGAACCUUAGUGACGAAGCAUUGAUUGGUUUACCAAAGGACCAGUACAAGCCCCGUCCAAGUCGAUCUCGGUCCAAAAGGGUUGCUGACGAAGAAGAGCCCCCCUUACAAAACAGGUCGCAGCAGACUCCGGCGAAGGACAAGGCAGUGGAGUUUGAGGAGACGAAAGCUGAGACGCCAUCAGGUGGAACUACAAAAUUGAGCGCAAAGAAAGGUCGCAAAAGUAAAGUGAAGCGAGCGAAAACGUCAGCGGCAGCCUUACUCAAAAGAGGAGAUCCUAUGCUGAGCGAGGGUGAAGACGAUGUGGUCUGGAUGGACACGAAGCCCGCUCCCGUCAAGUUGGACCUGCCCCCAGAUCUGAAAGUGCUCAAGAAGGAGACUGGAGCAGGGGAGAACGAGAAAGCCACAGAGGUAAACAAGACCCCAGAGGAGGUAACGUCGAAAGAAGACAACGAAAUGAAGGUGACUGUUGAGAUUCCAGCAGAAGCUAAGGAUACCACGGCCGGUCCUAAGAAGCGAGGCCGAAAACCGAAGAAAGUCCAACCAGUGUCUGAGUCAAAGGUUGUCGAGGAACAAGAUGAUGAUACCGAGAGAAGCCGGCCAGUUCUGGCGGAGAAAUCUUCGAAUGUACCAAACAACGUUCAAGAAAGGUCCAAGGAUAAGGAGCUCAAGGCGCCAACAGUGUCACCUCUGUCGUCUCCUGAAUCUGGAGCCCACGUCAAGUUUUCGGGAACGGAAAAGGACAAUCCACCAGCUGCUUCCGGCUUGGCUACGCCCUCAAAGAACUCUGCCGAUACCGGUGCUACGACGCACUCUCCGAUCAAGCCAGCAGCGCUCUCAAGUGGGAAGAAGAUCAUUUACCGUGUUGGCCUGUCACGCCGACAACAUAUCCCGAGCCUGCUUCGCAAAGUCCAACGGGACAAACCGCCUCCGACAAUUGUGGUUCGCAAGGAGAAGGAGAACAAGAAGAAAAAGAAUGGAGACGAUGAUGAAGGUGAGAAUCGGGAUGAGCUGAGAGGCGCUGAUGGCAUGCUUGUCGAAUGGGAUUUCUAAACAGGCAAUUGCUCUUAAAAAGUUAUGGUUACGACCUGGCGUAGUUUUGCGUCGGAGUGAGAUACCCUGAGGAGGUUUUAUGUCUGCACGAGUUCUGCGCAGCGUGGGUUAUGAAUGGGAUCCUGCCAUUGACUCUGUGUACACAGACUGCAGCGAUUGCGGUGUAUUAUAUAGCUGAUGAGGGUAUUGUUUUCCAUGCUCAAAUGAUUUCCGC